AUGAUACUGAUGACAACAAUAUUAAUGGAUAUAUCAGAAACUAACGUAUCAUCAACUGCUCAUAUUUCAUUGAUUGUCACUCAAAAUUUAACAACAACAUUACCUACAUCGACAUCAACAAGUCAUUAUCAUCAAUAUUAUUAUCAUCUUAGUGUGGGAAAACGAGUUGUAAUAUUAUUUGGUUCAAUAUCAACAUUAUGGUUUAUAAUGGCUAUUAUAUUUAUUUGUAUUCAAUCAUAUCGACAUUUUAAACCAUCUAAAACAUAUUUUCGAUUUCGUAAACAACAACCACAACAUUCACUUGAACAACAAAAAUCAUCAACACUUUCAAAUGAUGAUAAUGAUGUUGAUGAUGAACGAACAAGCGUUUAUACUGCACUAUCAUAUCUUUCAGAUAAAACAGUUGAUGUGAUAAGUGAAACUAUAAGAAAACCCGUAAGUGAACAAAUACCAGAAGAAGAAGAAGAUGUACAUACGGCUGUAUUUGGACCAAAUAGUAACGAUACAACAUUAAUUAAUAGUUAUAAUUUUUAUCCAUCUGGCUAUAGAAAUUAUGGUUAUUCAAAUUCAACAUUAACAUCAUCAAUUGAUACGAGAACAAAAUCUUUAUAUUAUCCUGCUUGUCGAAAUUUUGCCUAUUCACAAUCGACAAUAGCAUCAUCGAUUGAUUUACAUGAGAAAAUAAUUGCACCACCAUCAACACCUGUACAUACAAAUCAUUUAUCUGAUAUUCAAACACUUCAAAAUGUACAAAAAAAAUUAAAUGACUCAACAUCAAUACAAUCAUCACGUCCAUUAACAUGUACUACUCGAUUUUAUAAUCGUAUGUUAAAACGUUAUUCAACAACUACUGAUACAUCUGAAUCAUCUCUUGCAUCUAGUCAGAUAACACAAGCUACAUACAUUUCAACACAAUUACCAGUCGUAAUGGUAACUGAUUGUGAUCGUUUACAAACAGAUAUUAUUGAACUAGAUGAUUUUGAACCCGAAAAAGAUUGGCGACGGGCAAUGGUAUCUGAACUACGAUGUUUACUAAAUGAUAAAAUGCCUAAACAACAUUUUGUAUUAUCCGAGGAAAAUGCUGUAAGAUAA